AUGUUCAUUUCAUCACUCAUCCCCUCAAACUCAUUCUCCCGCAUACAGGUCCUCCAUAUCCAACUCUUCUUCGAUAUCUCCUUUGGCACACUCCAGCGCUCCUCCCUCACCGAGCCCCCAAGUGCUUUGACACCCUCUGCAUCUCCAGGCGUUUCACGCUGCCCUAUGCCUUCGCCUUCGCCAAUUCUAGCACCAGACAGUACCACUCAACCUGUCGCCUCACAACAUGAGUGUGCGCGCAAGAGUUUUUGGACAAACAUUUUGCAAUUUACUCGGACCACCCUGUCAUUCCCACCUGAGGAUGAACACAUUGCCGAGCCGGAGAAGUUCAGGAGGAAAGGGUCAUCAUCUGCCAAGGUGCGUUUCUACAACCCCAUUCAGUAUCGUCACCUUUUGACGCUUGACAAUUAUAAACGCCUCACUUCACAUCUUUCCCGCACAAAGGGUGAAAUCGUUCUUAAGGGUCGCGCUGACGCUGCGAGGAAAAUACUCGAGCUCACCAUUGUGAAGAAUGUUGCGGGCUGCGAUUCAUUGUCAGAAGAAACUCUUUGGUCCGAUAUUGCCUAUCGUGCCCGUGGAUUCGCUCGAUCAGGCGAUCUCAUCCACGAUGCGCACUCCCUUCGCUCGUUCAUGUCAUUCAAGUACACUCCCACCAUCAGCCUCCAAAUUCCGCGCACGUCUCUUUCUACUAAUACUAUCAAUUGGGAAACCGUACCUUCUGAGGCCACAGAGCCUGCACCUACUGUUGCUUCAGAGCCUGCACCUGCACCCUCCGAAUCUUUGAAAUUGACACUUCACGCGAUAUGCGUUGUAUGCACAUCCAGAAUAGAGAUUGUUUUCCCUAAAAUGUGA